AUGUGGCGCCCCUCAUCGGACAGGCAUACACGCGACGAGACAGCCAGAGCCGUUGAUGCAGCAACUGCAGCAGCAGCAGCAGCAGCUGCUGCUGCUGCUGCAGCUCUGGGCCGCAGCCGACGCUAUCCUGAACCUAGCGCAGCAGAGGGGCCCCCAGUACCUCCUCCUCCCCCGCCUCUCCUAAACUCACAGCAGCACAAGCAUCUCAGCAGCAGCAGCAGCAGCAGCUGGCAUCAUUACCACAACCCCUACCACAGCAGCAACGGCAGCAGCAGCAGCAGCAGCAGCAGAAGCAACGGCAUGAGCAGCAGCUAUGAGCCUCUCAGUGACUCUUCCGGCGCUCCUAAAGAAGAUAGUGUCCGCUGCGCCGGCAGACAACCCUCUCAUUUCAACUACCCACCGCAGCAGCUGCAGCAGCAGCAGCAGCAGCAGGAGCGGCAGCCCUCCCUGCUGCACCCCCGUGGGGGCCCCCCCGACAGCUCGCGGGAGGUCUCUCGGGUGUCUCUGCAGGCAAACUUCACGCACCAGCGCCUGGAGGUGCUGCAGCAGCAGCAGCAGCCGCUGCAGCUGUACCCUUCCGAGAAGCAGCAGCAGCAGCAGCAACAGCAGCAGCAGCAGCAGAGGAGCCUUCGACCUGUGCAGUUGAGCCCCCCCGGUGGGGCCCCUUGCCCCAGGGAUGAGUGGGUAGCUCAAGGCGUCCGCCCCCGUGUGCUGCUGCAGCCACGGCGGGAGCACUCUAUCCAGCAGCAACAGCAGCAGCAGCAACAUCUGAGGCGGCAGGUGACAGUGGUGCUGCAUGAGCGAAGACACCCGCGGGCGCUGCUAAGGGCCCGAAGCAGCUCUGAGGAGCAGCAGAGGCCUCUAAACAGCAAACGGACGUACGGAGAGGCUACGGCUUCUGAGGCCUGGGAGGAGUGCGAAAGGAGCCCCAAGCAACAACGAUGCAGCAACAGCAGCAGCAGCAACAAUAGCAGCAGUAGCAGCAGCAGCAGCGUGAGGCUCUUACCGCCAGCCGAGAGGCGCGCCGUCUUAUCGGCGGCCCCUCACAGCAGCCAGCAGCCGCAGCAAAUGAUGCCGUGGGGAAGUCCUGCAUAUGCUGCAACUCUAAGGAGUAGCAAUUCAACAGGGCUGUCUGGGGAAUAUACUGCGCAUUCGCAUGCAGCAUUAAGGAGACGCAGCAGCAGCAACGAGAAACACGUAGUUCGGCUCCGCCCUCGCUGUGCAGCAGCGGUCGCAACAGGUCCUGCUGCUGCUGCUGCUUCUGCUGGUGCUCCUCCUGCUGCUGCUGCUGCUGCUGCUGCUCCUGCUGCUGCUGCAGCUGUUGCUGCUCCUCUGCGGUCUUCUUUUUCCACGCACCCGCCGCCUCCUCCGUUAAUUUUGGCUCCUCGCGCACCACCCGCUGCUGCUGCAGCUCCUGUUGCUGCUGCUGCUGCUCUUGCUGCUCCUGCUGCUCCUGCUGCUGCUUCAGGGUCUAGCAAUGCCUGCCUUGUCUACUCUUCGUCUCCCUUUACCUCCUGGAGGGGGCAGCAGCAUACGGCGAGGAACGCGCAGCAGGACAAGCAGCAGCAGCAGCAGCAGCAGCAGCAAAAGCAGCAGCUACAGCAACAACCGCAGCUGCAACAGCAAGAAACCAACACGAAAGGGGCAGCAACACCUGCCAGCGGCUACAGCAGCAGCCGCUCCAGAGAUACCUCACCGCCACGGAAGCACGGGCCGCAACAGCAGCAACAGCAGCAACAGCAGCAGCAGCAAAUGCAAGCGAAGCAGCAGCAGCAACCGCCGAAGCAGCGAAGGGAAGAGGCACAGCAGCACGUUCGAGAGUGGGGGAAUUUGGUGAUAAGCGGGAGGCAGCAGCAGCAGCAGCAACAGCAGCAACAACAGCAGCUGCAGCAUGACCAGCCGGGACGGCGCUUCGCCAAUACAUCGUAUGAGCACGGUGAGGGUGCAAGGAAGGAGCUGCAACAACAGCAGCAGCAGCAGCUGGUGCAGCAGCAGGAGCUGGUGCAGCAGCAGCAGCUGGUGCAGCGCAGCUCGAGAUCUGGAAGCAAUAUCAUUAUAAACCCCUCCCGGAGCAGCAGCUGCAGCGCGCAGCAAGACUGGCAGGGGAAACAGCAGACACAGCAGCAGGAAAAGCAGAAACCGCAGCAGCAACGGAAGCCGCAGCAGCAGCAGCAUGAGAAGCAACAGCAGCAGCGACACGAGAAGCAGCGAGAACGACAGCAAGAGAAGCAGCAGCUGCUGCCCGACAGCCAGAAGCAGGACGAGCGUUGCGGAGCAGCAGAGCAGCAGCAGCAGCAAACCUCGCUGCAGCAUAAAGAUCGAAGCCAACACCCCGGCUACCGUCCUUGGCGAGAGCAGCAGCAGCAGCAGCAGCGGUAUCAGCAGCACCAGCAGCAGCAGCGGCAUCAGCAGCGCCUCCGCAGCCCCGAGAGGCGAGAAGGUGCAGCAGGCGGCCCACGGAAGCAGCAGCUACAACAGCAGCAGCACCAUCCACAGCAGCAGCACCAACCACAGCAACAACACCUGGAGCAGCAGCACUUGCAGCAGCAGCACCUGCAGCAGCAGCACCUGCAGCAGCAGCAUCUGCAGCAGCAUUCAGGGGAGACAUUGGAGAGAGGGCAGCAGCAAAGUUGGAGACGCGCAGCAGCAGAUCGCGCGAGCAGCAAAAAUCUGCUGCCUAGCAGCCGCUCUGUGUCUCCUUGCUGCAGCAGAGCCCCAGGCCGGUACAGAGACACCUGGCAGCCGCACGCCGACCCGCGCCGCCAGCAGCAGCAGCAGCAGCAGCAGGAGCGCAGCGAUGAGCGAUACAGCGACUAUCAGCAAAUGCAGCGGUGGCGCCGGCAGCAGGAACACGAACCGCAGCAGCAGCAGCAGCAGCCACGCAGCUCCAGGCCGCUGCCUAUCCGCAUCAUUCCUCUCCCUCCCCCUGUUGAGCACCACAGACACAGCAGCAACCUAGGCUACCACAGGCAGCAGCAGGAUCAGCAGCAGCAGCAGCAGCGGGGCUACGUAGGCUCACGAGAGCAGGUAUGGGAGCACCACAGCAGCCGACGCCACCCGUAUCCUUCUGCUGCUCCUGCUGCUGCUGCUGGUGCUGUGGAAGCAGCACGGCAGCAGCAACAGCCAAACGGACUGCAGCAAAACUGCACAGGAUUGAGGAGGGGCAUGCGCCCUCCCUCCCCGCCCCACAGGAGCCGCUACAUGCGUGCCUUCGAUACUCCUGCUGCUGCAGCAGCAGCAACAGCAGCAGCAACCGGAGCAACAACUGCUGCUGCACCUCAGGAUUGGGCUCGCAGCUCUUACCGCUGCUCCAGCUCCAGCAGCAUGCGGCAUUCAGAGCACUCCCGCAGCGGCUCCGCUGCUACCUAUCGGUGA